ACUUGGUUUAAAAACUACAAAACAAAACAGAGACAACUGGAGUCCAGAUGCUCCUUAGGAAAAGACCAAACCCAGGGGCAUGACCAGCUUCAAUACUGGACUCAAGAAUACUUAUGCAAAACAGUCGGACAAUACCAGUUAUUCAUCACAAAAACUCAAAGAAGCAAACUAGUUCAAGUCUUUAAGAUGAACCCAUUCCCUGAUAUUGUUACCAGGAAAAAACUGGCUAAACAAACAGGCAUACGGGAAUCAAGAAUUCAAAUGUGGUUUCAGAACCAAAGAAAUCUACAUCCAGAGCAGAGCAGAAGGGAUCCAGUGGAUUCAAUGGUAGAUGGUCCAAAUGAGGGAUUAGAUAUGUCUGUUAAGGAGCAUCAAAUCGACCUGUUCUCUCCUCCAGAUAGGUCUGAUCAUUUUUCUUCCUCCAAUUCUUUCAGCAGGAACCAAACAUCUCCAUCCCACAUGUCCUUUGUUCCUUGGGAUCCCUCCAUGGUCUGUGUAAGCCAAGGACCAAGUGCCACACAGGCUGUGCAGGAAGGAGAAAAUUCUAACCACCCUCUGAUACUAAGAAAUCACUUGCCGAUACUACCAACUCUGGGAGAGAACUUCUCCGAUACUCAGACACAGCCUGAGCACAAAGAACAGCCACCUCAGGAUCUGGGACAGAUGAACAUAGCUUACAUUUUGCAGUGGUGGGAUGAGAUCUGCCAGGCUCUGAUUGCAGAAUGGAGCCCUCUCAAAGGGAUACACUGA